AUGGCUGCGUUUGAGGAAAGCUCUGAUUUGGAUGCUAUACAGGAGCAUCUCUUGGAAGACUUUUUGGUUGCUGAUGGUUUCAUGGGAGAUUUUGACUUUAAUGCUUCUUUUGUCUCAGGACUCUGGUGUAUAGAGCCUGUGAUGAAUCAAGUUCCUAAACAAGAACCUGAUUCACCAGUUCUUGAUCCGGAUUCGUUCGUCAGAGAGUUUUUACAAGUGGAAGCUGAAUCAUCUUCAGAGCAGAAUUCAUCACCACAUGAGACUGAUCAGAGUGUCUCACCCAGGAAAGAAGCAAAGAGGUUGGAAGAAGAAGAAGAACCGAGGCAUUACCGAGGAGUGAGAAGAAGGCCGUGGGGAAAAUUUGCAGCAGAGAUUCGGGAUCCUGCAAAGAAAGGAUCUCGGAUCUGGCUAGGAACAUUUGAAAGUAAUGUUGAUGCUGCAAGAGCAUAUGACUGUGCAGCUUUCAAGCUCCGGGGAAGAAAAGCCGUGCUCAACUUUCCUCUAGACGCUGGCAAGUAUGAAGCUCCCGUGAAUUUAGGACGGAAAAGGAAGAGAAGUGAUGUGCAGGAGGAGCUCCAAAGAAGUCAGAGCAAUUCAUCUUCAUCGUCAAGUGAUCUGUGA